UGUCGAUAAGGGUUGCGCAGGCGAAACCCUAACCGGGCGCACCAGGCUCGAGCUCAACACCAAAGCCUAACGCAUCCCGGUCCUUCUUUUCUUCACCACGACAAGCAGCUGUUUCCCGCCUCUCACCACAGCAUCCCUCGAGGUAUGUAUUCGUCACAUCCUCCCUUCUACCUGCAGCCCCUCAGCUAGCCUGAGAGGAGCAAUCAUCGCGACCGUUUGAAUCGAUCGUGUUACGAUGUUCCUCGACGAAGGCACGCUACCGAUCGCCGGUCGAGAUGAUACGCUUCUCUCCUCGCGGCACGGGCUAAAGAACCCUUCCAUGAAGGGCACUCUUUUCGGCUCGAAGGCUACUGAUGGCUGACUCCUUUCGUCCUUGCCCAUCAUUUCCAAUGGUGGGUAUCGGGCAGUGAAUUUUUAGAUACCUCAUUUCCCGAUUCGAUUUGAGAAUCUCAUUCCAACACCGCCAAAAUGGUCCGCACUUCCGUCCUCAACGAUGCGCUCAACGCCAUCAACAACGCCGAGAAGGCUGGCCGUCGCCAGGUCAUGAUCCGUCCUUCUUCCAAGGUCAUUGUCAAGUUCCUCCGCGUCAUGCAGAAGCACGGCUACAUUGGCGAGUUCGAGGAGGUUGACGACCACCGCUCCGGCAAGAUCGUCAUCCAGCUUAACGGCCGCCUGAACAAGACCGGUGUCAUCAACCCCCGUUACAACGUUCAGCUCCGUGACCUCGAGAAGUGGGUUGUCCAGCUGCUCCCCUCUCGUCAGUUCGGUUUCAUCGUCCUGACUACCUCCGCCGGUAUCAUGGACCACGAGGAGGCUCGUCGCAAGCACGUUGCUGGCAAGAUCCUCGGCUUCUUCUACUAGAUAUCCCCAAAAAAGUGCUUUUUUUUUCUGUACCGGGAAUGCGUGUGGUCAUGACAUGAGAGCGGGUUACAAGGCUUGUAUGACGGCGCGUGGCGAAAUGUUUUGAGCAUCUCCUGGAAAGCUUGAAGAGUCAUUUACUCGUUCAUACGACCUAGUCAAAUGUCAAAUGCAUCUCGUGCAAA